CGACCGACCGCCGAGGAGAGAUCUGCGAAAGGCUGAAUGCCAGACUGUCUCGCACCGCUGUCACGGCGGCUAUGGCAAGCAGGCCUUAGCGGCUCCUGCAGGCUCAAGGCCGCCAGAUCCUGUCGCUAUGGAUUCUCGCGAUUCUGCAGCUCCGCUGCCCCAGCUCAAGAGAAGCCAAAGCCAGAGCCUUGGAACAUUGUAAGGCGUACAGGAAGGGUUGCUUUGCAAAAGGACGUGUUGCACUGACGUGUGUUUCAGAAAACGAUCGGAUGCCCCAAGGAGACCUUCCCGAACGAGAAGCGAGUGGCACAGUCCCCCGAUACAGUGCAGCAGCUGACAAAGAAGGGUUUCAAGGUACCACAUCAUUCGCAGACAAAAGUGGAGACGCGCGGCCUUUGCUUCCCAUGCACGCUGUUUCCUCGCAGGUGAUUGUCGAAUCAGGUGCGGGCGUCGAUGCCAGCUUCAGUGACGAAAAAUACAAGGCAGCCGGUGCUACCGUCAGCAGUGCGAAGAAGGAAGUCUUUGGGGCGGAUCUCCUGGUCAAAGGUAUGCAGGAGAUGAGAUUUGUUUGUUUCACAAACUCGCUGCUGCUGUCAGUUCGCGCACCGCAGCAGGAUGAGUUCGAUCUCCUUAAGGAGGUCAGGGACCGUAUCAUUUGUCUGACACAAUCACGUUCCGCAUGAUUGGUUGUCGGUACGCCCGUUGUUGCAGGGGGGAUCCCUUAUUUCGUUCAUUUAUCCUGGCCAGAACAAGGAUCUGCUCGACAGCCUUGCGAAAAAGAAGAUGACCGUAAUGGGGAUGGAUUGCGUGCCGAGGAUCACAAGGGCUCAAGUUUUCGACGCGCUCAGCAGCAUGUCGAACAUUGCAGGUCCAAAUGGCGCUUUUUCACUGCCUCGAUUCGGGACGGCCUUCUUUCCUGUUUCUCAUUCGUUACUCAUCAGGCUACAAGGCAGUUGUCGAAGCAGCCCACCAUUUUGGCCGGUUUUUUGCUGGGCAGGUAGGAUGAGGAAGGCUAGUGUCAUGCCUGAGCGCCUUGUUUCACUGUUAGAUGACAGCAGCCGGCCGGCUUCCACCUGCGAAGGUCCUUAUCAUCGGUGGAGGUACGCAUAGCAGCGCAAAUGUAGUACGAUGGAUAGUUGUGGAUGUCUGGGUGUCUGGGUUUGUUUGACAGGUGUGGCAGGACUGUCUGCAAUCGCCACAGUGCGUGAGCGGGCCAUGUACACUAGAGAAAAGGGAAAAACACAUCUCUUGCCUGCUGAACCAGGCUCGCAAUCUGGGCGCGAUUGUUCGAUGCUUCGACACUCGGUGGGUCACUGAGUCCCGAGAACGCUGAAUGACGGUAGCAGAAAGCGUUUUUCUCGCAGACCCGCGGUAAAAGAGCAAGUGGAGUCGCUUGGUGGCGAGUUUCUCGAGCUAGGGCCUCCAUUCAAACUCGUAAGGAAAGUACUUCGAUGUGCAUGUUGGGUUGCGAGUGACAUCCGCUCAACAGGAGGAGGGGGCAGGCGGAUACGCCAAGGAGAUGACGAAAGAGUUCAUUGAGGCAGAACACAACCUCUUCGCUCAACAAUGCAAGGAAGUCGACAUCGUCGUCACGACCGCGCUGAUUCCAGGUGCCAGAUCAGUUGUUUGGAGAGAAUAACGACAGAACAUGCUUGGCCACCCGUUGCGAUGUCAAGGCAAACCUGCUCCCAAGCUCAUCCUCAAGGAGCACGUCGAUGGCAUGAAGGAAGGCUCUGUCAUUGUUGAUCUCGCUGCGGAAGCUGGUAAAUCGCUGAGCACAUUCCGUGCGCGUCAGCUUACGGAACGGUUCUUUUCGUGGUUCGCAUGACAGGCGGAAACGUGGAGACUACGAAACCGAACGAGAUUUACUCUUAUCGGGGGAUUGUUCACAUCGUAAGAAACUCGACUUGAGGUCUGUCUGAAGCAGCUUGAGCAUGUGCACUGAUUGGUCUUUUCAGGGCGUUGCGGACCUUCCCAGCCGCUUGUCUCAGCAGUCCUCUUCCUUAUAUGCCAACAACGUAACUAAAUUACUCAUGUCAAUGAUCAACAAGGUGAGAACCAAACGUCAAGCAACACAAACGUGCGACAGGAAGUCUGGGUGCUGCACGGUCUUAUGCCUCAGGAGGGGCAACUACAAUACGACUUGGGAGAUGACGUCGUCAGGUGCGAGAAAGACAAGACGUAGUGCCUACAUUGGAAACAGGUGUUUUCAAAUGUGUCAGGGGCACAACAAUUCUGAGAGACGGCAAGUGAGGCUAAACAGCGAGGUCGAAGAUUACUCGAAUUCUAUUGGCUCUUUGUUCCAUCUCGUAUCUCAAUGGGGAUUCACACAGCCUUCUCUGGCCCCCGCCGAAGCCACCAGGUACCACUUUGAGCCGCGCAUAAUCACCUGAAGGAAGCCUUUUGCUGUCAAUACCAGGGCCGCCGCCUCAAGCUACGAAACCCAAGGUUGCUGCCGUCGAAAAGGCACCAGAGGACCCGUAUCAAACCACUCUGAGCACUGCGCUCCUCACUACUGGAGGUCAUGGGAAAACUGAGAAACAAGCCCAUCUCAAGACAGCGAACGUCUCUUUGCUCCUGUGAUUUCGCAGGCACCGGGUCCAUGGUCGCGUUGGGCAUGUUGUCGUCUGACCCUGCAUUUUCUACGAUGAUGUCGACGUUCGCCCUCGCUGGAGCUGCAGGGUGAGACCAUCAUCGACAUGGGGACGCAUCAUCGAUCCAUUGCUAUCCGUAGAUAUCAAGUCGUCUGGGGCGUUGUCCCUGCUUUGCACACUCCUUUGAUGUCCGUAACAAACGCAAUCAGGUCAGCUGGUAACCAAAGACAGUCAAAGAAGUUUGUUACAGGUUUGUUUCGUUUCCUCCUUGUUUUUCCUCCAAUGUUGUCAGUGGCAUGACUGCGGUGGAAAAGCACAAUCAAGAGAGAAAUUCGCCUGUCACGCAUGCGUGAGAUCCGUUUCCUCGGUCAGGUGGGUGGACUGAUGCUUCUCGGGCAAGGAGGAGGAGCCAUUGCACAGCUGCUCGCAGCGACAGCAAUCCUGGCGUCAACUAUAAAUAUCGCCGGCGGCUUUCUCGUAACCCAACGAAGUAUCGGCUUGCCUGCCGCACGCCCUCAGCCUCAGACACUUUGUCCACCUGUUGUACCUAUCUUCAGUGCUGGACAUGUUCAAGAGACCAACCGACCCACCAGAAUACAACUACCUGUAUGCGGUACGCAAAACACAAACUGGCGGGACGGCACCUUCAUGCUGUACAUUUUUUUCUCAAAACUGCGAAGGCCCCCGGGCUUGCCCUUGCUGGUGGUUACUUGCUGGCGAAUGCAGCCGGCUUCCCCUCAAUGGAGCAAAUGACAUACCUAGCAGCAUCCCUAUGCUGCAUCGGAUCCAUUGGCGGCCUGGCUUCGCAGAAAUCAGCACGUUAUGGAAACGCGCUUGGCAUUAUGGGUGUCAGCGGUGGAGUGUUGGCAACGCUUGGCAUGAUGAACUUUCCAGCUGCUACACUCGCGACCGCAGCUGGACUGAUGGGAGUCGGGGGAGCAGCCGGCGUCGCAGUCGGUUCGUGUAGCUUUAAAUAUACCAGGCUUUUCGAACAAUGUCUUUUCUGCUUGUUCAGGUCAACGUGUCCAGGUAACGGAGCUGCCUCAAACUGUCGCAGCGUUCCAUUCACUGGUAUGUAUAUAGAGAAUAAUAAUAAUAAAUAGUGUCAUGCAUUCCCAGGAGACAUCUGCCUGCUUCAGGUUGGGUUCGCAGCCAUGACGACGUCAAUCGCCUCGUUCAUCAUCCACCCUGACGGCACUGCAGUUCACAAGAUUGGGAGCAUCCUCGGUGAUUUCAUCGGCGGUGUGACCCUGACGGGUGAGGUAUUAAUGGCAACUGCACACCAUUACACUCAAUUUCACUGGUGUUGCAUCCCUCGCUGUUCGCGUAGGCUCGCUAGUUGCCUUUGCGAAGCUGCACGGGAUUAUGCCAUCAAAGCCACUCGCCCUUCCUAACAAAAACCUGAUCAAUAUCGCUGCUGCAGCCGCACAAGCUGGAGGCAUCGCGGCAUUUAUGGCAAGUGCAAGCUUUCCGCUCAAUGUCUCGUUGCUUACUGCUACUGCUGCGCUCUCGAUGGUGAGUGAACGGAAUUGCGACCCUGUCAUCUGUAAAGUGUACUCCUCCUUGAUUCAGGGCCUCGGCUACCAUCUUGUUGCGUCGGUCGGUGGUGCUGACAUGCCAGUUUGUAUAACGGUGCUCAAUUCCUACUCUGGCUGGGCUCUUGUUGCCGAGGGCUUCAUGCUCAACAAUCCCUUACUGACAGUAAGAACAGCGAAGAAGAACUGGAUUCAUGCUUCACGGCUGCCCUGUGUGCUCCAAAGAUCGUCGGAUCGCUCAUUGGAUUCAGCGGUGGCAUCCUCAGCUACAUCAUGUUCGUUAUCAUCAUGAAUCAGACUGACUCCUGAACUUUGCUGCUUGAUUUAUUGUUAAAAUGUCGUAUGUCUGUACAGGUGCAAGGCAAUGAAUAGAUCUUUGCCGGUAGGAUGGUACACGCUCUGUCAGUUCCGGAUUCGCAAUUUGUCCUUCUGGUGACCUGUUGCAGAAUGUGCUAUUCGGAGGCUACCAAAUAGCUGCGCCUGCGGCCGACGGCCCAAAAGUUGAGAAAGGAGAGACUCAAGAGAUUAAAGUCGAUUUUGCAGCAGGUGGGCUGCACUCGCACACCUCAUCGGACGAAUGGUCACAGGUACUGUUUUUUUUUUCUUCUUUUCUUUUGAUUCGGUGAAGACCUUCUCGCCAACGCUAAGUCUGUCAUCGUUGUUCCCGGUACUCUUCGGGCAGAAAUCCCUUCAAUCAGGCACAUGUCAUAGACUAAGUCGCUUGCCGACGUACGUCUUGCAGGAUACGGGAUGGCCGUUGCGCGAGCGCAAUAUGCUUUGGCAGAACUCGCGAAGACCCUGCGGUAAUUUGAUGUAGACGCUCUUCGGACCGAAUUUUUUACUUCUUCUGUCAUUGCGGUUCCAGCGCGAAUAACAUUCAGGUCCGCUUUGGCAUCCAUCCUGUUGCUGGUCGAAUGCCAGGCCAGAUGAAUGUUCUGCUCGCGGAGGCGGGCGUUCCAUAUGACUGGGUCUAUGAGAUGGACGAAAUCAACGAAGACUUCAAAACAACAGGUGACGGCGCGAUUCUUGGCGUAGGAUUUGCAGAAAAGGCCUGGUGUUCUUGGCUGGAAUGUUUGCAUUUGACUUUAUACAGACUUGGCUCUUGUUAUCGGCGCAAACGGUAAGAGACAUCGGGGUUUUUCUGAACCUCGGAAGACCCUGUCCCGAAUGACUGGUGUCUUCUUCUUUUUCCCCCAGACAUUACCAACAGCGCUGCGCAGGAAGUUCCUGGUUGUCCAAUUGAAGGUAGAAGCUCGUGCUGAGUUUGGUGAGCUUCCUUUCUAUCAAAAGCUUGUUCAAUCAACUGAUUUCAGGCAUGCCUGUCCUGGAGUGCUGGAACGCGAAGCACUGCAUCUACAUGAAACGAUCCUUGGCAAGCGGAUACGCCGACAUGUGAGGAACGUUGCCGUGUCCUUGCCGUUCUGCAAAAGUAUCUCGAUUGCCCUUCCUUUUUUAUUUGCAGCGACAACCCUGUCUUUUACAAACCAAACACGUACAUGUUUCUAGGCGAUGCCAAGGUACGAAGUGACGAUUGGAAAUUCUGUUUCACUUCGCUCUGUCUGCCGCGUUGGCUUCUGCAGGAGUCGACAAGUUCUCUGCUGUCGCGUCUUCAUGAUACUUUUGCGUGAAAUAGCCCCUGUAGAGUGUUUGCAUAUAUUUUGCAUCCAGCCCGAGUCAUUGAAAGCCUGAUACGCCUUUUGGAAUUUUUCCGCGGACAGAGGGUGGUAUGAGACGGGGAUUGUUUCGGUUCACAUGCCGACAACGCCAUGCGUACGACGCGAACUUUCAUGAGUCAUCGAGUGUAAGCCCAACAUCAGUGGCUUCGUGCAAUGCCGUGUUGAUGCC